GGAUAAUGUUGCUGUCAUGUGAGGUCAACCCAAAUAUGCGCAGCUCUGCGCAAAGGAGGCGCCGUUAUGACGUCCCUUGAUCGCCUCCUUUCCCCCACAAUCCACCGCGGUGCUCCACAUUAGGAUCCUGUACUCAAAGUGUCAAACCUCAAGAUGGCGCUUCACCGGUUGUUCCAGCUGUCCUCCCUGCUGCGCUCCGCCGUGGGCCUGACCCUGCGCAGGAACAUCGGCCUCUCUGCUGUCCUCUUCAACCGGACCAAGGAGCUCGACCCCAUCCAGAAACUGUUCCUGGACAAGAUCCGGGACUACAACACCAAGAGCAAGUCUUCAGGUGGCCUUGUGGACGCAGGACCCGCCUAUCAGAAGAACGUGUCUGAGGAGGUGAUCAAACUGCAGAGGCUAUAUGGCGGAGGAGACAUGGCCAAGUUCCCUGAUAUCAAAUUCACUGACCCCAAGCUUGAUGAAGCUGCCAAGUGAACAAUUUCCAUGUUGUCAAUCUCCUACAUGUCACAAAUCUGUUGUAUUUAAUAAAAUAAAGUGGUUUGAACCAUGAAGCACUUGGUUCUCAAUUAAGACUGUGCAGUGGAUUAAAUCCAAUAUUCA